GGUGGGGGCAGGGCGGGGAGCCGCACGCGGCAGAGGCGGGAGCGGCGCGUUCGGACUCAGGUGAGGCCCUGCCGACCCCCCGCGCCCCUCCCCCACCCCGGUGCCAGGCCCCGGGCCCGGCCCUGCCCGCCGCACCGCCCCGCGCCCCGCCCCGGCGGCGCUGCCCGGGCCUUCCGCCUCGGGGGCCGUCCCGCCGUCUGCUCGGGCCCCGUAGCACCGCGUGGGCGCCGCGGCGCGGCCCUACCCGGGCUGUGGUGGCUGUGCGCCCGGGGCCGCCGGGUCGGAAUUGGCGGUCCCGCGAUCUCGAGGGCCGGGGGGCGGCCGAUGGGACGGGGGUGGGGAGGAGGAGUGCCGGCGAGCGGGAGGAAAUCUGCACGCCGUGCGCUUCGCAGCCUCGUGGAACCGCAGCGCGGUGGGGUUGGAAGGGACCUCCCGGCCCCAUCCCCGCCAUGGGCUGAGUGCCCCCAGCUGAGGCUCCCGGGGCCCACCCGUGGCCUGGGGCACCCGCGGCUCCGGGCAGCAGUGCAGCUCACCGCCCUCUGCGUGAAGAAUUUCCCCAUCGCAUCUGCCCUGAAUUUCCUCUCUCUUAGUUUAAAGCCACCCCCCCUCAUUCUGUCACUGUCAGAUGUGUAAAAAUUCGCUCUCCCUCGUGUUUGUGAGCUCCCUUUGCAGCCUUCGAGUACCCUUAAGGGUUCUCCCUGGAGCCUUCUCUUCUGCAGGCAGAGCCCCCUCAGCCUUCCUGCAUAGCAGAGGUGCUCCGUCCUCUGAGCGUCCUCCUGGAUAUCAGUGUGUCCUGAGGAACUCAUAAGGUGUUUGUAGUCACCAAAGCCUGCGCCUUUCUCUUCUGUCCCUGCUGUCCCCCCUUCCAGUUUCACUCCCCCAUGGUUUUCUGUUUCACAGAACUGUAGGGGCUGGAAGGGACCUCUGGAGACCCCCCAUCCAGCUCCUCCAGAGCAGUUCCCUGCAGCAGGGGCACGGGAAAGCAUCCCAGCAGGUCUUAAAUACCUCCAGGGAAAGAGAUCCCUCCACCUCUCUGGGCAGCUUGUUCUGGGGCUCUGGAACCCUCAGAGCAAAGGAGUUUUCCCUUGUGUUCGUAUCUGUUGGAGAGUUUUGGGGCUGGGAUGUGUCUCUGAUUGUGCCCUGCGCAUAUCACAGCGUACAGGAAAACACCAAGGUGUAGGACCGGAUUAGAAUUUUUUUUGGACAAUAAUGAAUGGAGAAGAGAGCCAAUUAGAGGAUUACUUUGCUCUUAAUAAAUUAACAUAACAAGUCAAUUGCUGCCUGUAGCCCUGCUGGCUCCUCAGGACUGUGCCGGUGGUGCUGCUCCACACGGGCCGGGGUCACAGCUCCUCACUGCUGCCCCAUACCCGGAGGGAUAGGAUUUCCUGGGCAGGAUCAGCUGGCGAGCUUAUAAAUAGCAAAUGCCUGCUCAGCCUGCGUGGCGCGGCGUGGCCGGGCUGCAGCCUCACUGCUUGCAUGCUGCUCUGCCAGCCUGGGCUGCAGCUCGGGGCGUGUGGCCAAACCUGCACAUGAAGGUGAAUUCCUGCACGGGUCAGCCUCUGAGCAAGGCACUGUGAGGGCUGCAGCCUGCAGCCAGGUGUUUGUCGCUGAUUCGGAGGGCUUUGGCAGCAGCGAUGUGCAGUGCUGCCGUUGCACGCUGAGGUGGUCUCCAGUUAUUGGGUGGUGCAUGGAAAUGGGCUGUUAGCUGGGAGCUGGAGCUGAUCUCUGCUCCAUCUUCCUUGAGGUGUUGGUGCAGAGCCUGGGGUCGGGUCCCAGGGCUGCUUCUGCUGGCGCUUGGUUUGCAGCAGGUUCUGCAGACCUGGCUGCUCUGUGCACAGUAGAUGUGAUAGCAGCACCCUGCCUUCUGUGUGGCACAGCACGUUAGUGGGACGUGGCAAAAGCGAAAUGGAGUGGGUGGUCCCCAUUCUUCGCAGUGCCGGUGACUCUGCUGGUGCGUUUUGUUUUGAUGUGGUUGUCCUUUCUCAACUGAGAGAUGCCCUCAACUUUUUUUCCCCAAGCAGAAGCAUGCCCAGGGCACGUCCCUAGGGAGGAGAGUUAUGUGUUGGCGUUCUGAUUGAAGACACACACAGUUACCAACCCCAGAGGCGUCCUUUCUCAUUGUGUUUGUUUGCAGGUGCAUCACUCCUUGGCACCUGGCUCUGAGCAGGGCUGGCCUCGCUUACCUUCUGGCUGGGGCUCAGCAGUGGGUCUGACCCAGGGGGGCUCCUGCACCAGGAACCCCACCAAGCUCAGCCUUCCCAGCUGCACACGGCGGCCUCUUGUGUGGGUCUGGCUGCGGGGGGCCGGCACAGUGCUGCUGGGAGGGAUGCCAGCACGGGGCUGGCUGGGAGCAGAGCUGUGGCACUGACAGCACAGCACAGCACAGCGUGGGCCGGGUGCUGGGUGUGCUGCAGGCUGGAGCCGCUCGGUGCAAACAGCUCCUCCCCGUUGGAGCAGCCCGUCCUGGCUGCAGGAGUGUAGGUGGAAACCUCUCACAACUUAUCUGCUUGGGGGCAAAGUCUUGCAUCUGAACUUAAGCCCACAUUCAUGGCAGUAUAUCCUCCCAUUUCAUGGUGCGAGCGGCGCUGGCUGGAGAGAGGAGUUGUGCCUUUUCCAGCCCGCUCAGUUCUUCUUUGCAAACUGAAGCAGUGGAAUUUUGACUCUGCAGGACGGGCCGCAGUGCUGCUGUGAGCGACAGCAUGAUGGUGUGUCUGGUGGAAGAAGGGGCAGAGCUGUGAUUGACCUGGGAGGUUUUGGACGGUGGCCGAGGAUGGGCGAGGAAGGCCCCCCCAGUUUGGAGUACAUCCAGGCCAAGGACUUGUUCCCCCCAAAGGAGCUUAUAAAGGAGGAAGAGUCAUUGCAGGUUCCAUUCACUGUGUUGCAGGGUGAGGGAGUGGAGUAUCUUGGCCAUGCAAAUGAUGCUGUGAUCGCCAUCUCCAACUACCGGCUUCAUAUCAAAUUUAAGGAUUCCGUGAUCAACGUGCCUUUGAGGAUGAUGGAAAGUGUGGAGUGCCGGGAUAUGUUCCAGCUUCACAUCGUCUGCAAGGACUCCAAAGUGAUCAGGUGCCAUUUUUCCACCUUUAAGCAGUGCCAGGAGUGGCUGAAGAGACUAAAUCGAGCCAUUGCCCGCCCUGCUAAGCCUGAGGACCUCUUUGCAUUUGCCUACCAUGCGUGGUGCUUAGGAGUCUGUGUUGAUGAGGAAGAUCAGCAUGCUCAUCUGUGCCGUCCAGGUGACCACGUAAGAUACCGAUUUGAGAUGGAGCUGGUGAGGAUGGGCUUUGACUUGCAGAACGUCUGGCGAGUCUCUGACAUCAACAACAAUUACAAGCUUUGUUCCAGUUAUCCCCAGAAGCUGCUGGUGCCUGUCUGGAUCACUGAUAAGGAGCUGGAGAACGUGGCUUCAUUUAGGUCGUGGAAAAGGAUCCCUGUGGUUGUGUACAGACACGUGCGUAACGGGGCGGUGAUUGCACGCUGCAGCCAGCCUGAAAUCAGCUGGUGGGGCUGGCGGAAUGCUGAUGAUGAGUAUCUCGUGACAUCAAUUGCCAAAGCCUGUGCCUUGAACCCUGGAGCGAAGGCACCCGGCGGCGUGCCGCACAACGGGAGCAGCGAUGGCAGCGAGGCCUGCGAGGCUGACUUCGACUCAUCCCUCACCGCGUGUUCAGGUGUGGAGAACGUGGGCACUCCUCAGAAGCUGCUGAUCCUUGAUGCCAGGUCCUACACGGCGGCCGUGGCCAACAGGGCAAAGGGAGGAGGCUGUGAAUGCGAAGAGUAUUACCCAAACUGCGAAGUUGUGUUUAUGGGCAUGGCCAACAUCCACUCCAUCCGGAACAGUUUCCAGUAUCUGCGAGCUGUCUGCAGUCAAGUGCCAGACCCCAGCAACUGGCUUUCAGCCCUGGAGAGCACCAAGUGGCUGCAGCACCUUUCUGUCAUGCUGAAGGCAGCAGUGCUGGUCUCCAGUGCAGUUGACAGAGAAGGACGCCCAGUGCUGGUUCAUUGCUCUGAUGGCUGGGACAGGACCCCACAGAUCGUAGCGCUGGCAAAGAUUCUUCUGGACCCCUAUUACAGGACAAUGGAGGGUUUCCAGGUGCUUGUUGAAUCAGAUUGGCUGGAUUUUGGUCACAAAUUUGGUGAUCGCUGUGGGCACCAGGAGAAGGUGGAAGAUCAGAAUGAGCAGUGCCCGGUUUUCCUCCAGUGGCUGGAUGCUGUUCAUCAGCUUCUGAAGCAAUUUCCUUGCCUCUUUGAAUUUAAUGAAGCCUUUUUGGUGAAGCUGGUGCAGCACACGUAUUCCUGCCUCUAUGGGACCUUCCUUGGGAACAGCCCAUGCGAGCGAGAGAUGCACAACAUCUACAAGCGGACCUGCUCCGUGUGGUCCCUCCUGCGGGCUGGAAAUAAGAACUUCCACAAUCUUCUCUACAUGCCAGGGUCUGAGCAGGUGCUGCAUCCUGUGUGCCACGUGCGAGCACUGUACGUCUGGACAGCAGUGUAUCUCCCAGCUUCUUCCCCGCACCCUUUGGGACAGGAUGACAUGGACAUUUACAUGUCCCCUGGAUCUCAAAGCCAGGAGUUCAGUGGCAGAUGUUUGGACAGAUUACCAAAGACCAGAUCUAUGGACGACCUGCUUUCAGCCUGCGACUCCAGCAGCCCGCUGACCCGCACGUCCAGUGAUCCAAACCUGAAUAACCACUGUCAGGAGGUGCGUGUGGGACUGGAAGCCAGGCAUGCUGCCACUGAGGGAGCCGAGCUGCACGUGGGAGAAGGCAGCAUGGUGGCUGCUGCUGAGACGCAGCAAGUAGAGGAGCAGCAGGAAAAUGUCCCCCUGCAAGCCAGCAGUGCUUUCAACAGCACCACUGAGCAUGAAGAGCAAAGCAAGAAGCUGAGCAGCUGGGCAUCUGUGCCAGCAAAUGGCCUAUCUGUGGAGACAGAAAAGGGAAAUGGAACUUACACGGAGGAACUGGAUGGUGCAUGCCCAGCUCCAAAUCCUUCCAAACAGGAAAAUGUUGACAGCGUUUCCAACAGUUCUGGAAAGCAAUUAGAAUCCCGUUCCCAGGAACCUUUGAAGGCUACUGGCUUGGCACCCAGUGGAGAAGGCUGCCCCAAGAAAAACACCACCUGCCAAGACAUUCCCAGCCAGGAGCCACUGGCACCCAGCGCUCCUUGUCAGGAGCCGGGCAUCCCCUGUCCAGAUGAAGACAGCAGCAAAGGUUAUGCUGGAAGGAAGGGGCUCUGUGAGGAUCCCUGCCGGAUGGGGAGAGGCCCACUAGAGCAAUGGCGCAAGCCCAUUUCCCAGAGCCAAAGCAGCGAGUUCUCCUUUUUGGGGUCCAACUGGGACAGUUUUCAAGGAAUGGUGACAUCGCUCCCCAAUGGGGAGCCCACGCCCAGACAGCUCCUCUCCUACGGUUGUUGUAGCAAGAGGUUGAGCAGCAAACAGCUCCGGGCACCGGGCCUGUGUUUCAGCAGCCCGUGGUCUGCCAGGGAAGGUGCAAAAGGCUCGGUCUGCUCUGGCCACAUCGGCACGCAUUUUGCAGGCUCCACAGGGAAGCCCAGCCGUUCGUGGCUGCCCUGCCACCUGAAGCAAGCGCCUGGUCCCAAACACAUGCCACCAAAAUGUCCUUCUCCCGUGCCUCCUCUCUACCUGGAUGAUGAUGGGCUCCCUUUCCCCACGGAUGUGAUUCAGCACAGGCUGCGGCAGAUCGAGGCCAGCUACAAGCAGGAGGUGGAGCAGCUCCGCAGGCAGGUGCGGGAGCUGCAGCUGCGGUUGGACAUCCGCCACUUCUGCGCCCCGCCGGCUGAACCGCCCAUGGACUACGAGGACGAUUUCACAUGUCUGAAGGAAUCAGAUGGCAGCGACACUGAGGACUUCUGCUCUGAUCACAGUGAAGAUUGUUUGUCAGAAGCGAGCUGGGAGCCUGUUGACAAGAAGGAGACCGAGGUCACGCGGUGGGUUCCAGACCACAUGGCCUCGCAUUGUUUUAACUGCGAUUGUGAAUUCUGGCUGGCGAAACGGAGGCAUCACUGCAGGAACUGUGGGAAUGUGUUUUGUGCUGGUUGCUGCCACCUGAAGUUGCCCAUCCCCGAUCAGCAGUUGUAUGACCCUGUCCUCGUUUGUAACUCCUGUUAUGACCACAUCCAAGUGUCUCGUGCCAGGGAGCUCAUGAGCCAACAUCUGAAGAAGCCCAUCGCCACAGCUUCCAGCUGAAUGCCAGACAAGGGACCGGUCUAAGCCCAGCCUUUUCUCUCAUGGGUUUGAAGGGUGACUCUGCCUCCACUGUAAUUGUGAAGGCCUUUGGUGCAACACUUGAACACCAAGCUUGAAUGCACUGUCUUCAGCAGUCUUACGAUCAGACCUGGAGCAGAGGAGCUCAGAUUAGAGAGUACGGUGUGCCUCCACUGUGGUACCGGUGGGCCCGUACAUUGUAGUCUGACCUAGGGCAAAAGAGGGGAUUGCAGUCUCUUAUGUUUAUGGGCUGGAAAGCAAUGUUUUCACAGAUAUUGCCUGUGCAAAGUACCCCCAAAGCAAUAGAAAGGCAUGUUUAGAACCAACUCCCCCAACAAAGGCAGGCUGCUGUACAAGAAGGAAGAGGGCAGACUCGAGGUGGUACUAUGUGCUUUGGAAGGGCCUCAGCCUGGAGCAGUUCUGUAGAUUCUCUUUCCAUGAGUGUGAUUUGUGAUCAGCUUGGUGAACAAGACUCAUUAGCCGUCACUAAUUGAUUUUCUCUUGAGCGUUGAAGAGAAAUUCAUUCUGGCUGAAAACAGGCCAAGCAGAUUUUGCCUGUUUUCAUGCUCCGCUAGGAUUGGUGAAUGCACCUGACUUUGCCCCUGCCCGCCAGCUGUGCGGGGAGAUGGGAGAUUGGCUUUUUCACUUCCUGCUCUGUCCGUCUGCUUUGUCUGCAGUAGUGUCACAGCCUGGUGCUAACACAGGAAUGGCACCCUGAUCCUCUCCUGGCAUGGAAACAGAACUCGUGUUCCUGUGUUGCUCCUCCUCCCCUUUUCUGCCCUCAGCUCUCCACUUCCUACUGCUCUGUAUCCUGAAAACUUGAUACCCUGAGGGUAUAGGCCAUAAUAUGUUGUUUUACCUCCUGGAAUGUGCUGUCUGGUGUAUGUGAGGGUUUCAGUCCAAAUGCUGCUAUAUAUUUCUGUGCACUUAAUGUAACCCGAAAAAGGGAGAAUGAAGCAUUGAUACCAAAUGGAGGUGGGGAAAGACACUGGCUGACAUAGACACUACUGUCUGUGCUUUUCACUUUAGGAUGUACAACCAAGCCACAGUGAUAAACAUGACACAUGGCAUCUGUUCAGUGGUGGAAACAAUAUCUCUGGUUUGCCCCAGUGCUACCUAAAAUGCCUCUUGAAUUUGACUUCCUUUUUUUUUUUUGUCUCCUGUACAGUGGUCAGAGUUCAGAGUUGCCAACUUGUAAUUGCCUCUCUGCUUGUUCCUUAAACUAGAGAGCAGGAAUCCCAACUCAUUCCAAAAAAGAAAAGUAACUGGGUUUAGAAAGUAAGAAAGGUUUCGAAAGAAAAGGUGGCUUUGGGUGAACUUCUGUUUAAUUGCUAGAUCUCUGUGGGAGUAUCCAUCCUGCCUCCUUUCUAAGAUAUCCGCAGGCAUUAGUGAGGAAGAAGAGUUUGAGUGUGGGGCAUUUCUUUCCAGGAACGUAGGUUUUCUUCCCAAAGACAUGAAAAUGCCCUAUAUACACAUCAUGAGCUGAGACUUCAUAUGUUUGGAGGGAGGACCAGUGAGGGCAUUUGGUCAAACAAGGCGAAGUACUUUAUGCUGUUUUGAUCUCCCAGAUUUUUGCUAACGGUUUGUCAUCUCUGUCAGAGGGAAUGGAACAAUGACCCUUUCCUGCACUUUGAUAUGUCAGCCUCUGGUUUUGUAAAUCCCAGUAGUGCAAACAAAGCUAGCAUCAUGUGAAGACCCUGUACCUACUUGGACUCUGCUUCUUUUCCAUACUGGGAACAACCAAUAUGGCUUUGGGACGAGAAGGCACCUUGCUUCAGAUUCUCCCCUGCCUUGUACCUUGCAGUCAUUGCCAGACAUGGAAGAUGACCAUGGGGCUGGCAGAAGAAUUUGCUCCUGUUUUACACAUGUUGGAAUGACUGCAAGCAAUAAGGAAGCCAGAAACUAGGUACUCCUGGCCCUUCCGUUCAGGCCAUUAGUCCAAACUGCUUUUAGCUCUUGUGAGUUUCAGCGUCACAAUGUGCUGGCCAAAAACUCUAAAAUCAGUUCUAUAGCAUUGUGACAAACAAAAUGUGCUGUACAACUCAAUACAGUUGAAAUAAAAUCUCUAUAUUAGU